UAGUAUAUGGUUUAAGAAUUGGCCUGAUUUUAUCAUUUUUUAUCGAAGCUACAAACAACAAGAACAAGUAUUGUGUUCAUCAUGGCUUCAACUGAGUCAUUGACAGGUGAUACUCUAGAUUUAAGUGGUCAGAGUUUAAAAAAACUUGCUCGAUGUCCAUCGGAUGCUGAUAUACACAUUUUAAUCGUUGAUGACAAUGAGCUUCAACGUCUUGAUAAUCUCGAUUCUUAUCAAAGAAUCACCAAGCUCUCUAUAGUAAGAAAUCAAUUACUUCGAAUGUAUGGAGUUUCAAAAGUACACAAUUUAGUUACAUUGAAUCUCGCAAACAAUGGAAUAUUACAAAUCGAAGGUAUCAAGGACCUGGUGAAUUUACAAACACUUUGUCUUGCCGGUAACAAUAUCAAGUCCAUUGAGCAUUUACAAACAAACACAAAACUGGAGCAUUUGGAUUUGUCGGAAAACAGCAUUAGUCACGUUUCGGAUAUAUCGUUUCUAAAAAAUUUAAAAGAGCUGUUUUUGCACAAUAAUCGUCUAAUAACUUUGCGCCAAUGCGAGAGAUAUUUGCCGUCUUCAUUAGAAACUCUUACUUUAGCCAAUAACAAUAUAACCGAUUUAAAUGAAAUGUCACAUUUAGUGAAUCUUACUUAUCUUGUUAAUUUCUCAAUUGCAAACAAUCCAUGUGUCAGCAUGACAGGUAACGAUAUUGGAUUUGAUUAUCGUCCUUUUAUAAUCAACUGGUGUAUGAAUUUAAAAUCGAUCGAUGGCUAUGCAGUUGAUCCAAUCGAGAGUCUAAAAGCAGAGUGGCUCUAUUCGCAAGGAAGAGGUCGACAAUUUCGUAUUGGAGAACAUUCAUUAUUGGCGCAAUAUCUUGCGUCAGUUUGUCCAUUAUCGGGUGAGUCGCUCGAAAAUGAAACUGAUCGAAAGCUUAGGCUUAUUUUGAGUAAAGCACAACAUCAUCAAAUGCAAUUGAGCCAACAGAGCGAUUCAGGAAGUGUGCAUAGUCUUAGCAGCGUUGGAAUGAGUCCUUCACCAGCAACUAGGCGUAGACUUAGUAAUAAUCGAACCAACUCUCCCAGACGACCGAUAGGCUCGUCACGCAGUUCAAUGAGAAUGCAAUCACCGGAGCGCAUGGUUACAAGUUGUCACACUGAAGCAAUGGUUUCAUCCUGUCACACUCUCUUAAGUAACGAUCAUCAAGAUCAGUUAAUGACGCAAAGUCUGGAUCCAAAUAUGCUGUCGAAUACUCUCAAUAAAUCAUUAAAUAGCGCACCUCUACAAGACGUUGAAGAAAAAUCGAGUCCCCUGCAGGCAGCAACAAAACUCGUACCAGUACCUGAAUCUUUAAUGAGCCCUGAUUUUCGACCACCGUCAGGACUUUCACGAAUUUUGCCAAUAAAAACACCGCCUAGUAAAUUAAGUUCACCAGUACAAUUUCUAGGAACAACAACAACAACAGCGCAAUCAACUAAAAUAAUACCUUCCGAGGUAACAGUGAAAUCAAUGCCAAUUUUUAAUACAGCUACACCGAUAAAGACAAAUAUAAAUAAUACAGUGAAAACAACAACAACAGUUAAAUGUAAUUUAUCAACGAAUUGCAGUCCUGGUAAGGGAAAUAUUGCAAAACCUGUUGUUACAAGUACAAAUGGAAAAUAUCAUCCACAAAAUGUUAAAAUUAAUAAUUAUGUGCAAAGUAAAACAUUGCCAAUGAUGAAAAAAAAUGUGAGAAAUUCACCAAAUUUAGGUAGAAGUAAAGAUAUGAAAAAAACAGAUGGAAUUAAACCAAGUCCAUUAAAGAAAUUUGGUAAUGAAGAUGCGACAAAUGUAAUUAGUAGCGAUGAAGAGAGUGAAGUUUGUCAGGCAAAAUUGAAUAGUAUUCGUCAUAGAGCAGUUCAAAGGCAACAUGAAGACACUAAUAAAGUUCAAAACGAUCCAACUGAAAAGGCAGCGAUUUGCAUUCAAAGAAUGUGGAGAGGCUAUCACACGAGGAACGCUGACAAAAAAACCACUGAUGUAUUAAAAGCAAUUGAAAUGAUGAGAACAAACAAAUAUAUUCAGAAAUUGUCGUCUGAUAUGGAAGCAACGCGAAAUGUUCUCGAGAAUGAGCACAAGUUGCAAUUGCUACAAAUGCAGGCAAUUAAUGCCUUAUGGAAAAAAGUUGUUGCACUUCAACCUGCAAAUGGACGAGAAAGUGGAACUGCCACAACUACUAAUGGAGAAGGAAUUUCAAAUCCAAACAUGGAUGUUGUAAAUAACUUGGCACAAACUUGUCAUAUGUUACACAAUCAGGUACAACAAUUGCAGGAUUCAGUAACGGAAAUAAAACGUUGCAUGUCAACAAUACAAUCAAAACCACAAAUGGUUGACAAUGGAGUUAGUACACAAACGGAAAUAUCCGCUGUUCAUACACCGGCUGGUGAAGAAAAUGUUUUUCCCUAUCAUCGACCACAUCGACCUCAAUCAUUGGCGAUUCAUCAAACAAUUCAAGAAUGCAACGAAAAUAAAAGUUUUGCUUCAAAUUUAGUUGAUAGUGUAUUAAAGAAAGUAUCACAUUCCGCCGAUAUGACAGAUGACGAAGUGAAUACCGAUAUAUUCAAUUCAAAUGACAAUCCCGAUGGUAUGAAUUCAUUGGAAAAUCCUGAAAUGAGUUGCGAUGAAAUUUUAGAAUCUCUACCGAAAAAUGACGAUGGAUUGGGUGAAGAAUUUAAAAAUAUUAUUGAGAAUACAAAAAAUAGUGACGUUAAUUUGACAAAUGAUUGUCAAGAUAUUAAUGAUACUGAUAUAGAGGAUGUUAUUUGUAAGGAAUUAUUGCAAAGUAUGCGUGAAGUUGAUAUAGGGAAAAAAUUUAAUAAUGAAAGAAAAAGAGUGGAAAAUUUAUCCGUGGAAGCAGAAAAUUUAGAGAAUUAAGUUAGAGGGUUAAAAAAAAACUAAGUAGCUAAUUGUUACUCAUGCCUUGUAAUAGAAUUUAAGAUAAGACACGAGUUUCCUAAUUAUUAAUAUUUAUAACGAAAUUCGAGUCUUGAAAUAGUCCAAAAAAAUGUAUCUUUCACUUUUUUUUCUAAUAUUUAAUUUAUUUAUUCAUUUUUCUAUUAUUUAUUGAUGACUAAAAUUUCAAUUUAAAAAUUAGUUUAUUUUUUCUCUGUAAAAGAUUGAAUUUUUUGGACUAUUCAAUAUUUAUAAAAUCACAAAAAAAAAACCUCGCUGAAGAAAAUGACAAAGAUCACACCAAAUUAAUAUAUAUUAAACCAAAAGCUCGCUGUAAAUAUAAAGAAAGAGCCGUUAAAGCUUUGUUGAAAUUAUCUUUAAAAAGAUUUUUCAUUUUUACAAAGAAAAAUAAGAAUUUCAUUGAAAGCUAUUUUAGGGCAUACUUUAAUAUUGUUCCUCAUUUUUUUUUAUUAAAAAGCACCAUUGUUAAUUGGCACUUAAUUAGUUUGAUUAAAUUAGAUUCGCUCUAGGUUUUGAAUUUAAGGGCACUUUCAAUUAUUUGUGAAACAUUUAAUUAAUAUUAGGCGAAUUUUCGAAACUUUUUAUUAACUCGACAUGUAAGAUUAAUCAUUCACGCUCUAGAAAUUUGGUUCUUUAAUGGUAGAUUUAACUUCGCCUCUAGGAUUAUAAAUUCUAGUCAAUAUUCGUAAAUACUCAAAAAAAAAAAAAAAGAAAAUACAAAUUAAUAGUCAUUAGUAUCUUUUGAAAAAAAGUUAAAUCUACACUUAGGUGCAUUAACUCAAUGUUGCAAUUAAGUUAAAACUUGAAAAGUUUCAUAAUUAAGUAAUUUAAUCAUUUUCCAUAAUAUGUGAUAUAAUAUAAAUGAUGUUAUUUAUUUGCAGAAGUACAUUCCAUAUUCCAUGUUGCACAAAAAAAAAGAAUUUCUGCAGAAUUUUUUCUUUUUUUUUUGUAAUCAUCGUAAACUAGCUUCUGCAGAAUAAUCUGUCAUUGUGCUUCUCGCUUUAUUAUAAUAUGUCAUUCUGUCAGAAAAUUACUGAAAACAGUAUUCUUUUUAAAUAUUAAUUUCUUUAUAUUGAACACUUAUUUAUUUUCAAAACUUUUGUACUUUGGAUUUUUUUUUCUCAUUUAAAAUAUUUAUUUUUAUACUUUCUUUUCACCUACAUGUAAGAUACAAUUUUUUUUUUUGGUUUUUUUGUAGAAAUUAAAAAUUGUUUAAAAAGAAAAUCUUUUUGAUAAGCUCAAGUUAAUUGAAAUAUAAUUUAUUUCCUAUAUAUAAUAGUAUAACGUAUACAUAUAUAUAUAUAAUAAAAAAUAAUCUUUUGUAACUUUAAAAGCGAUAUACAUUAUAUUUUCAAGAAGAAAAUAUUUUAAUGUGUAUUACAAUAAUUAUAUUCGAAUUUCACAAUAAUAGUGAAUUAUUCUAAAAUCUAAAUUUUAUCAAAUUAAGUUCACUUUUAUUUUAGUUUUCUUUUCCUCCCUAUUAAAAUAUAAUAGGCCUUAUAUUAUCUGUAUUACUUUUUUUUUUAGAGAGAUUUUUGUCUUCGAUGUAAACGAUUUACAAAAAAAUAUAUAUGUAUAUUUGCAAAAAUCUAGAUUACUUAUAUAGAACAUCUCACAGAAGUGCUUAUUUGCACACACAUACAAAAAAACGGGUACAUUAUAUAGUACUUGAGUUUUACAUGCAGUGUAAAAAAAAUUUCUUUUGCUUUCAUCUGAAAACAAUAUCACAAAAGACAUGGACAUUUUUUUUACAAUAAACAUCAGCUUAAUAAUUUAAAUCAAUUUAAAAUAGACAAUUAUUUAAGCUGACUUUUUGUCUCUUGAAAUAUAAAAAUUUGUCUCUUAAAUAAAAGAGAACGACUGAAUAAUAACAAAAAUUCCUCUCCUCAAAAAAUUGUUUACAAUAUCGAAUAUUUUUAGUUUCUAAAAUGUAAUAUUACAUUUUUCAAAAAAAAAAAAAACUCAAAGAUUGUAGUUAAUGUAGAUUUUGACUACAUUGUAAAUAAAUUGAUUUCAACUUUA